CUUCCUUCUCCUCCUCCUUCUCCUCCUUUUCUUGUGAAGAGCAUCUCAUUCUCCACCAGUAUUCGUUUGCCUCUUCUACGUCUCCUCUUCGGUGCAAUCACUGCAUGCGGUCUGUGCUGCUGUGUUUGCCGAGUAGUAUAGAGUCGCUGAUGCUCGAGCCCCUUCGCGAUUCUUUGCUGCACUUGCAUGGACCUAAAGGUUUAAGGAGUCGAUCAUCUAGGAAAGGAAAAUUCGCUAUUGCAGCUGCGAAUGUAGGUGGUGCGUAGCUUUUCAAUGUCGGAAGCUUAGUGCGCCGCUUGGUUUGCACGGUGAAGAAGAAUUCUCUGAGUUGAGAAUGCUCUGUGGCGAGUGUAAUCUGGACAGGGAUUGCGGACAGGCUUGGUACUUGCCAGCUACUUGGAAUUAAAUCCGUGAGAAAGGCUGACUGGCCGGAAGCCUCCAGGCUGCCAAAAUGGGAAGAGUGAAGUUAGAGAUUAAGAAGAUUGAAAACCCGACAAACAGACAAGUUACAUACUCUAAAAGGCGGAAUGGCCUGAUUAAGAAGGCGUAUGAGUUGUCAGUGCUUUGUGAUAUCGACCUCGCAUUGAUCAUGUUCUCGCCCUCAGGAAAACUCACGCAGUACAGUAACUGCAGUAUCGAAGAUGUCAUCGGUCGAUUCGCUAACUUACCCAUGCACGAGCGAAACAAAAGUUUUGAGGACAUGCUGGCUCGGUUUGCAAAUUUCCACAUGAUUCAUGAUCGGAACAAAUAUACUAGAAAAAUCGAGAACUUGGAGAAUCUUCAUAAAGCACUGAAAAAGCUCUCCGGAGAGAAAGACCCCGCGACAAAUCAACCUUACCUUUUUGGAAGCAAGAGCUAUGAAGUCGGGUUGUUGCAAGAGGAGUUGAAGAAAUCACAACAAGAGAAAGAGCUAGUGCAACAAAGAGCGCGGCUGUAUCUGGCGGACGAGCAACUGCUGCAAAGUGUUACCUCCGUCCAGCAGUUGGCGAACAUGGAAACUGAAUUGGAACAAGCACUCGAACGAGUGCGAGCAAGAAAGACUUACGUGAGCAGUGCGUACCAAACUGCUAAUGUUAUGCAAAGACAGCAACGCGAAUUCUUGGGAAAUAGUUGUCAUCAGAUGAUGGCCAUGCGCCAACAGCAGCAGCAGCAGCAACAACAUCAUCAUCAACAGCGAGCCAACAUGGCAGGGACGCAAUCAUCAUUCUUACAAUGGUCCAUGGCAGAGCGUGGAGAGGCAACUCUUCAAGAUUUCAUGGAGCAGCAAACGAAUCCUGCAGCUGCACUUAUGCCAACACCCUUAGCUAGUCGAGAGGUGCCCAGCAGUGGUGAAACAAAUCCCACCAGUUUCUUCGGAUCUGCAUCACAACCAACUUUGCAAUCACUGGGGCAUAUCCAUAUUUUGGGUAAUAACCGAGGUCUGAAUAUGCACGAUAUGGCUAUGGAUCAAACUUCUGCGCAGUACGAUGACCAAAAGAAAGCCAAACUUGAAGUGGACAUGGGAUUUGCAUCGUCAACAAGUAAUGAGGCGGUUACAGAGGCAGCUGCAGACUCUUUUACCAAUCAGUCUGAACAUGUAAGCGCUACUGCUUCAAAUUGGCAUCAGGCACACCAUCAUACGCAAGCAUACACCAGCCCCCAGUACCCAACGAGUUACUUCACUCAGACCGCUGAGGCGUGGAAAUAGUACAAGUUUGAAGAAGUUCGACAAUCAAUUGGCAUAUCUUUAAAGGGCGUAUUCAGAAAACGUGGAGAUAGAAUCGUGCUUUCGGAUCAGUUGGCUGAAGUACCUCAGCCGUGUCGAUUUUGUUGGUAAUCACGUAGCAUGCUUACAUAUAUCACACCACCAAAGGAUUAAAAUCUUGGGGCCUGAUGAUUGAAGGCGAUCGGUGAGAGUGCCAUUCAGACAGCCAUCACCAAUGUCUGUUUUGUUACCUGGCCCUCCGAUCGACAGGUCGCUAGCCGUCCCCUGCACGGCACAUUGGCCCAUUCCAACUCGUGUUUUGAACACUGUAGGAUGAAAAUAGGACAAGCUUCGACACUCAACGACACCGAUGAGAAUGAGAUAUAUGUGGCUUUAAAUUAUGCCUCUGAGGAAUAGUCCUUAGUUCCAAAUUCAAAAGAGAAACAGUCUCGUAUACGUGAAUUCAAAGAGGCUCAGACAGGCGUCUCGUGUGUCGAAUCUUGUCCCUCCCGCUGAGGAUUGUAGCGGCAGCUGUAUCUCCAAACAGUUGAACGUAUUUUAAUUUCAUCGUAGGCGAAGCCUUAUCUUAUUUGAGAGUUCAGUAUCCACUGUGAAAUGCUUGAACUGCUCGACAAAAUGUAAACUUUACCAUUCGGGUUGAUUCUUUUCCAAUAUUAAAAUUUCUGACUGUUUGGACAGUU